GUCUCAGCUGUCCUGCCGGGCGUGGCUACUGUAAUAGUGAAGGCUACUGAAGAUUUGGGGAGUCAUGGACACUUUUAAAGGGGAGACGCUGUUAAAAGUCCUGCAGUUAAGGGAUCAGUUUGAUAACCUGGAAAAGCACACACAGUGGGGAAUCGACUUUGUGGAAAAAUACACCAAAUUUGUGAAGGAAAGGUCUGAGAUCGAGCUCAACUAUGCAAGACAGAUGCGGAAUCUGUCCAAGAAAUACCAGCCUAAGAAGAAGGAUGAAGACGAGAAUAAAUAUACGUGGUGCCGUGCAUUCCAUUCAACGCUGAACGAGCUGAACGAUUACGCCGGUCAGCAUGAGGUCAUCGCGGAGAACAUGAUGUCACAGAUCAUCGCUGAGCUCACCAGAUACUCACAGGAGAUCAAAACAGAGAGGAAAACGCAUUUCCAUGAUGGACGGAAGGCACAGCAGCAGAUCGAAGCCGGUUGGAAACAGCUGGAAUCUUGUAAGCGGAAGUUCGAGCGAGAUUGUAAAGAAGCCGAUCGAGCCCAGCAGUACUUUGAGAAGAUGGAUGCAGACAUCAACGUGACGAAAGCAGAUGUAGAGAAGGCGCGGCAGCAGGCUCAGAUGAGGCACCAGAUGGCUUCUGACAGCAAGAGUGAAUAUUCCUCAUACCUGCAGAAGUUCAACCAGGAACAGAACGAACAUUAUUACACCAUCAUCCCUAAUAUUUUCCAGAAAAUCCAGGCGAUGGAGGAGAAGAGAAUAGAGCGGAUGGGUGAGUCUCUGAAGACGUUUGCGGAGGUGGACCGACAGAUUCUGCCCAUCAUUGGGAAAUGUCUGGAUGGAAUGACACAAGCGGCUGAGUCCAUUGAGUCCAAGACUGACUCAUCUCAGGUCAUAGAGUCGUAUAAGUCCGGCUUCGAGCCUCCCGGCGAUGUGGAGUUCGAGGAUUACGGUCAGGCCAUGAAGAGGACGGUUUCUGAGACCAGCCUGACCAACUCACGCUCAGACAACAAAGCUGAACGCUCCAGCAAGAUCAAGAGCAAAACCCUCUGGCCUUUCAUUAAGAAAAACAAGCUUAUGUCCCUGUUAACGUCCCCCGUACCUCGCCAGCCCCCCCCUGACCCCCCCUCACCUUCUGCUGUGACCCCUGACCCCUGCCCCGCUCCCCAGACCCCCAAACAGUGCAAGGAGCCCCUGUCGCACCGCUUCAACGACCUCAUGACCUCCAAGCCCAGAAUGCAGUGCCUCAGGAGCCUGCGGCGAGGGCUCUCUCUGAAGCUGGGUUCCAAUCCUGAGGACUUCAGUCAUCUUCCUCCAGAGCAGAGACGGAAGAAGCUGCAGGCCAAGAUUGACGACAUCAAUAAAGACAUACAGAAAGAGAUGGACCAGAGAGAUGCUUUGACUAAAAUGAAGGAAGUAUAUAUAAAACCACAGAUGGGGGAUCCCAACAGUGUGGACCCACGGUUAGCAGAGAUCGCCCACAACAUUGAGAAACUGCAGGUGGAGGCACAGAAAUUUGAGGGCUGGUUAGCGGAGGUUGAAGGAAGGAUGCCGGUAAAGAGUGACUCUUCACGGAGGACGAGCACAGUAUACGAGACCCAAAACAGCACACCUCCCACCAACAACAACUGCGCACAGGACAGAGAGAGUCCGGAUGGCAGUUACACAGAGGAACCGAGUUCUGAGGUCCAGACGUCUAAAGAAUCUAAGUCCAGCCUGAAACAGGAGUCUGGAGAUGAGUUUGAUGACGCUGAGGAAGACAUGCUUCCGACCAUCGGCACCUGCAAAGCCCUUUACCCUUUCUCUGUAGGUCAUAACGAAGGCACCAUCGCGAUAACAGAGGGUGAGCUCUUGUACGUAAUAGAGGAAGACAAAGGUGAUGGAUGGACGCGUGUUAGAAGAAACGAGGAGGAGGAAGGUUACGUUCCCACAUCCUAUGUCGAGGUCUUUCUGGACUCCAACGCCAAAGGUGCCAUAACCUACAUAUGACCGAGAGCUUCAGCUCCUCAGUCUGUUUGUCUAUGAAAACUCUCUAGAGUGUGUGUGUGUAUACUCCUGACUCUCUUUAAGCCAAGAAUGUGACUUUUUUUAAACUGUUUUUGGUAAAGUGGACAGACUUUUUGUUUUUCUGGAUGACUACAUGAUUGUAUAAGUCUAAGCACAUGAUGGUUGUAGACAUUAGUCCACCAUAGUUUCAUAUGGCGGUAGUAUUAAAGAUUAUAGAAUGCGUAAGACAUGCCACUCGUAUUGUUUUGAAUGGGGGAAAAGUGUAACGGUCAAUAUGGCGAAUAAAAACCCGCCUUCUAGUACAGGAGCCAAUCAUCGAUCACUAUAUGGCUAAUAAAGCCUGCCUGCUCGUACAGUAACUAAUUAUUGAUUGCUAUAUGGCGAAUAAAGCCUGCCUUCUAGUACAGGAGCCAAUCAUCGAUUGCUAUAUGGCGAAUAAAGCCCGCCUUCUAGUACAGGAGCCAAUCAUCGAUUGCUAUAUGGUGAAAAAAGCCCGCU